UUUUCUCUAUCCAUUCCCUAUUUGGCUAUCUCACACCCAAGAUUCAAGAAUUAUCCAAUAAACCAUGUUUUCUUCUCUCUAUAUUUAUCUUGUAUUUUACUCAUAGAUCUCAUCUUCUUCUCAAUGCCCUUUGCCGAUAUAUAUUUUGCAGGGUUCAAUAUAUUUAUAUCCUAUCUAUUUAUAGAAUUUUUAGUUUUUGAAAAUGCCUACAAGGGUCAUGAACAAGGAUGGAGUUGAAGGUGGUGGGUGCAUGCAUGUGAUGUCUUGUGUAGAAACGCCGGCGGUUUACGGCGGCGAUAGGAGGUUUCCGGUGGCGAAAAAGGUGGGUUUCAUGGACGUUGAGAAGAGAGAGAAAGAAGAAAAGAGAUUGGAUCCUGGCAAUUCUGAAUCAGAAUCGUCAUCUAUAGGAAAAAAUAGUGAUAUUUCUGAGAAAUCAUCGGGUAAUUUUGAUGAAAAUGAAGAGGUUCAGAGUUCAUAUAAAGGGCCCUUGGAUGCCAUGAAUGCCUUGGAGGAAGUUUUACCGAUGAGGAGAGGCAUUUCAAGAUUCUAUAAUGGAAAAUCCAAGUCAUUUGCAAGUUUGAUAGAUGCUUCUUCGUCGUCUAUAAGAAACAUCUCGAAACCCGAGAAUGCGUACACAAGGAAACGAAGAAACCUCAUCGCCUGUAGUAUCGCUAGCUGGGAUGUCAAGAAUAGAAGCUCCCUUUCAAGGAGUAAUUUAGGUGGGAUUUCUAAGAGAAUGACCAACUCCGGUCGAACCACAUUGGCCUUGGCCGUUGCCAUGAGCAACUCGGAAAGUGACACGCAUCCCACCGAAUGCAAUUUUUCCGGAUCGUCCUCGUCAUCUUCUCCCCGGAAGAAUCUCCCCGUGUGGCGGUCCUUCUCAUUGGCUGAUUUGCAGCAGAAUGUGACUACUACAACCACAUGUACAUCUUCAAAACAAUUAGCUAUGAACCUUGAUACUAACUAAACAAUAAUUGACAUACAGCCUAAUUUUGAUCCUAUGAUGAUCAACUGAUGUAACUCUCAAUGCUGUCAUGGUACUAGGAUGUCACAAGAACUGAUCUAUACUUGACUUUCUAAUAUUUUCAUGUCCCCGUUUAAUCUAUGCCAACUCUCAAUAGAUAAAGAGAAAAUCUACUUACAGUA